AUGCAAGAGGAGCCGCCGCCUUUGUCGUCUCGCGGACGCUGGCGCGCUCGUCGCCGCGUGACUCGACUGGAUAGCGGGAGUAGCCGGGACGAGAACAGCUCACCGCUUGCGGCGCUGGCCCAACUGCUCAGCUUCCGCUCGCGCGCGAGUAUGACCGACGACACGCGUGUUGUCGUCGCUGUCUCCCGUGCGACGUCUGUGGACGGCGAGGAGCGCGAGGAGACAGUGGACCGCGGCUGCCGCUUCGUACCGGCCUGCGCGUACGACCGCAUCAAGUACACGGGCCGCCUGCUGCACCACGGGGCGCAGUGUGCGCGCAAGACGAAGAUCAAUACGGUGCAGUUUGACUGGCCCGCGGUGGCUUUUGCGGUUUCGGUCCACGGCACGAGUCGCGUGGCGAUCCGACUCAAAGGAGACGGCAACUACUUCAACGUCUUCGUCAACAAUGAGCUGCGCUGCAUCCUUCGCGCGUCACUCAGUGCGACAAGCUGCGACGUGGCAACGGGGCUGGAUACGAAGCAGAAGUACACGAUUCGAAUUUGCAAGCGCACGGAGCCGCAGAUGCGAGGCGCCAUGUCAACGUUCAAGAUCUGCACGUUCUACGGAUUCAUCGUCGAGGAAGAUGCCGAGGUCUUUCCCGUGGACCAACUCGAGUCGCAUCCUGUGCGUAAAAUGGAGUUCAUUGGAGACUCAGACACCUGUGGCUUUGGCAACGAAGGUAAAGCUAGCAGCGCCAAGAAUUUGUUCGGAAUGAAAGGCCGUAUGGAGAACGUCUACAACAGCUACGCAUGUGUGACGGCGCGCAUGUUUGGCGCGGAAGAGCAUGUGCUGGCCUGGAGCGGCAAGGGUGUACACAGCAACUCUGCCGACUGGGGACCUAACAUGCCGGCCUUGUGGAAAAACACACUUGCAUCGCGUCAGGGCGACUGGGAUAUGUCCAGCUGGGUACCUGACGUUGUCGUGGUCAACCUCGGCAUCAACGACUUGUCCCCACCGGCGUCAGCGGAGACCGACAUCAUCACAGGCUACGCGACGUUUCUACUGGAAGUGCGCUCCUACCGUCCGGACGCCCACAUCUUCUGCGUGGUGUACGACGAGGGCUGUAUAAGCUCGGAAGACUCGGAGACGAACCGCAAGUUUGUGUCACUGCAGCUGCAAGAGAUCGUUAAGGUGGCGAUUUCGAAGGUCAGCAAGCACGACGACAAGAUGCACUACACUUUCAUCAAGGUAGACGCCGGUCUUGGAAAAGAAGACUACGCGUCCAUGAUGCACUUCGCCGUCAGUGGCCACGUCAAGAUUGCUAGAGUACUAGCAGAGGAGAUUGCGCUGCGCACAGGCUGGAGCGUCGAGCACGAGCCAGAGACGAUGCCGUACCCGCAGGCGAAAGACCAGAUCCUGACGCCUCGAGACCACUCGAAGACCUCUUGCACGAUGUCGUAG